UUAUUGCAGAAAACUACUCAUAAUUGUCAUUUGCGAAGAAAAUAAAUAAUAAUAAUAGUAAUAAUAAAUAAUCAGCCAAAUUUAUCUUUAUAUAAAUAUAGGUUAUCCUAGCAUCAAACAUAACAGCAAUAUUGAUUUUAUUAGCAGUUUAUGCUAUUGUCUACAAAUAUGUACAUUCUAAAUAAUUUGCUAUCAGCGAGGAGUGAAUGGAGAAAUACUAUAUAAGGAGCAAGCAAGAUAACUGCCAUAAUCAUUCUCACAUUUUUCCUUGGAAAGUGUUUUGCAAGAAUUGUCAGUUUUCGUUUGUCUUUUUGAACAUAUUAGCAUUGUCUCGUAUACAAUGCAAAAUAUUGCUGGUACAGUUUUACUUCUCGGACUAUAUCUUGGCUUCUUCGUUCAUGGCGAAGAAACUCAUGGAAAACGAAAAGAUAACCAUGGACUAGUUAUUGAACCAAUAGUUGGCAGGUUUCAACAUAGUGAAGGCCCUUUAUGGAAUCAUCAUUCACAAAAGCUUUCUUUUGUUGAUAUUGAAGCACAAAAAAUAUGUAGGUUUGACCCUGUAACAAAACAUCUUUCCUGCAUAUUCAUAGAAAAUGGACCAGUUGGGUUUGCUAUUCCUAUUAGAGGAGAACCUAAUAAGUUUGUAGCUGGUAGUGGUACAAAAUUCAUCCUAGCUACAUUGGAUAGUCAUAAAAAUACUACAGAAUCACUUCCUGAAAUACUUGCUGUUGUUGAUACAGAUCGCAAUGGUACUAGGUGGAAUGAUGGAAAGGCAGAUUCUUCAGGAAGAUUCUGGGGUGGAACAAUAGGACCAGAAGUAAAUGAAGUUGUUGUUCCUAAUCAAGCAUCUUUCUAUCGUAUUAAGUCUGAUCUCAAACCAAAAAAGAAAUUAUCUCCUGUUACUAAUAGUAAUGGAUUAGCUUGGAAUCUGCAGGAUGAUACAUUAUAUUAUAUUGAUACUCCUACGCUUCAAGUAGCUGCAUUUGAUUUUGAGCCCAUCAAUGGAACUAUAUCUAAUAAAAGGAUUGUAUUUGAUCUUAAAAAAAAUAAUGUUUCUGGAAUACCUGAUGGUAUGACUAUAGACAUAAGUGGAAAUCUUUGGAUAGCUUUAUAUGAUGGAGGUGCUGUGGUCAAUGUUAAUCCUCACACUGGCAAAGUAAUACGCUUUGUGAAACUUCCUGUUCCAAAAGUAACGAGUUGCACAUUUGGAGGGCCCUUGUUAGAUACUUUAUUUGUAACAACAUCUAGCCGUGGUUUAAGCAAAGAGGAACUUGAAAAACAACCACAUGCUGGUUAUGUGUUUGCUGUAAAAGGCUUAGGAGUACAUGGCCUUCCUACAAAUUCAUUUAAAGCAUAAUAAUUUUUAAUAAUGAAUAUUCUUAUGCACUUUAUAAUCAUUCUGCACAAACAAUAUUAAUAAAAAAGAAACAAUAAAGAUAAUUAAGUAAAA